CACACCCUCCUGAGGCCUCUGGACCACAUGGGGAACCGGCAUAGCCACUUCCACUCGCAAAGCCAAACAGAAUGUUCCUGCCCCUUCUUCUAACUCUAGAAUAAGUACAUAAUAACAUCAACCACUAUUUUGUGGGGAGUCACUGUGGCGGGGCCUGAUUCAGUGGAAGACUCCAUGUGUAUCACCUCCCUAAAAAUCCCACAGAACCUUUAGGUUGCGGCACAGGGAGGUCCCUUUGGCCCAUAGCCAACCAGGGAGCUGCGAUGUGAACCCAGGCAGCCUGGGCACACCGUGCAGGGAGCUGGUCACAAAUGAAAACAAAGUGAUCUGCAGAAGGACACUACAACCUCGCACCAAAUGGUAUCCAGUCCUCAGCCGGGUAGCCAGAGAACAAAAGCACAGGUCCUUGACAGUUCCACACACUGAGCUCAGAGCGUGCAGUGUGGGGCGCCUACCAGCCUGGAGUCAGGGCCCCUUAGGUUCCCUACCUGCCCUGUGCUCCAUGACCUUGUGGCCCAGGGCAGCUCACAACCUCCUGGGCCCGCCCUUCUCUGAAAUAAGGGGACAGCCUGUACUUCUCCAGCCUUCCAGGCUCCCAAAGGCUGCUCAUCACUUUGGAUGAUGGUGUCCAUCAGUCCGUCCUGCAGGGGUGCUCGGAGCUGGAAAUCCUGGCUGACCCUCCAAACCUCUUCCCUACCCUGGGCACAGGGCAAACCUCCCGUGAGUGGUUCAGAUGGGGGCGUCAUGCUUGGGCGUGAACACAGCCCCUCGGGAACAGGAUUCGCCAGGUUGGGGACUCGGUUCCUGUGAUUUAAUAAUCCCCGCAGGCGGCUGUCAGUAGCACCUAGGGCCCUUGAAGUCCCCGAAUGAGCCGUGGCCUGUGGUCAGAGGGCAAGCCCGCACUACCUCCUGCCUCCACUUGCCUUGCCUUCACAUCAUGCCCAGACACUUCUAUUUCUGACUUCAAGGCCUUGGAAGAGGAAAGGCAGGGAAACUUCUAGGCACGAGAGCAAAAUUCAUGUCAUGUGGGAAGAAUUACCGUGACCCCUUCCUUAAGGCAGUUAGAGUCUUCUGUGUCCAGUGACAACCCAUUGGAGAAAGAAGCCAUUUCGUGAGGCACAGGUGUUGCCACCCAUUCCGGGUUUGGGGUGCAUUCUUCCAGCUACGGAUGGACAGACAUAUCUGCAACCUUGUCAUAGUUAUCAGAUUAGUCCCAUUUUACAGAUGAGGAAACUGCAGCACAGAAAGGUGGAAGUCUUCAUCUAAGAUCACAGAGCUGCUCCUGGAGGGAGCCAAGAUUCUAAUCCAGAUCCUCUGACUCACAGGUCAUAAAGGGGUGGGCCAGUCUUCCUCCACCCCUCCAUCCUCACUCGGAGAUGUCCUUCUGAGGAGCCAUCCCUGCCAACCCCUGGCUUUCUGGAGCUUGGAGAGGCUCGGGGCAUCGAGGGAGGAGCGAUGGAGAAGUGGGCGGGCAGGCCUCAGUUGUGUCUGAUGCUGCUUCUGUCCCUCCCUGAGCUCGGCCUGGAUCAGGAGGUGCGCCAGGGACCAGAGGUGUUGUCUGGACACUCUCUUCAGACACCCCCAGAGGAGGGUCAGGGCCCUGAGGGUGUCUGGGGUCCUUGGGAGCAGUGGGCCUCUUGCUCCCAGCCCUGUGGAGUUGGGGUGCAGCGCAGGAGCCGGACAUGUCAGCUCCCUACAGCUCGACUCCACCAGGGCCUGCCCUUCCCACCCCGGCCCCCAAGACAUCCAGAAGCCCUGCUCCCCCGGGGUCAGAGCCCCAGACCUCAGACUUCCCGAGAAACCCUCCCCCUGUACAGGCCACAGCCUCGGGGAAGAGGUGGCCCACGUCGAGGUCCUGCUUCCCAACUAGGGAGAGCAGAAACCCGGGAGAUAACAGGAGCUCGGGGGUCCCGGGUUCGAGACCCCAUCAAGCCAGGAAUGUUUGGUUACGGGAGAGUGCCCUUUGCUUUGCCACUGCAUCGUAACCGCAGGCACCCCAGGAGACUGCCCGGAGCUGAGACCUCCCAGACCUCAGAUCUUCCAUCCCUGACUCCAAGAACAGAGCCAUUCUCCACAAACCACACAGUUCAAACUCAGUUCCCUCCUAUAGAACUUUCUGCCCGCCCCCCACACCCCCCAGCAGAACUCCCAAGCCCUGAAACUAAUCAGACAGAAGUGCCCUCUAGAACCAGGCCUGUCCCCACGCAGCCCCACCCCAGAGUCCAGGCCUCUGGCACAGAGCCUGCCUCAUCCAUCCCCUACCCAGGAGAAAGUAACUCCUUCCAUGUGUCCCCUCAGCCAAGAAUGCCAGAUUCUCAGGGUUCGGCCAGUCUCCAGGUGGCUGAGAGAUACCCUAAUCCUUUCCUUUCUGUCCUUCGGGGCAGAGGCCACCAGAGCCAGGAGCACUGGAAACCUGGGGGGAAUCUCCAUGGGUCCCUCAUGGAGCCUGCCCCCCACUAUCCAGAUGGCUGGUUGCCUCUGCUGAAUGAUGGCCCCCACUCCGGUUCGCUCUGGAGCCUCUUUGCUCCUGAUAGGCCUGUGCCGAGGUGUUCUGGGGAGAGAGAGCAGCUGAGAGCCUGCAGCCAAGCGCCCUGCCCCCCUGAGCAGCCAGACCCCCGGGCCCUGCAGUGUGCAGCCUUUGACUCCCAGGAGUUCAUGGGCCAGCUCUACCAGUGGGAGCCCUUUACCGAAGUUCAGGGCUCCCAACGCUGUGAACUGAACUGUCGUCCCCGUGGCUUCCGUUUCUAUGUCCGUCACACGGAAAAGGUCCAGGAUGGGACCCUGUGUCAGCCUGGAGCACUAGAUAUCUGCGUGGCGGGACGCUGUCUGAGCCCCGGCUGUGAUGGGAUCCUCGGCUCUGGCAGGCGUCCAGAUGGCUGUGGGGUCUGUGGAGGGGAUGAUUCCACCUGCCACCUCGUCUCAGGGAACCUCACAGACCGGGGGGGCCCUCUGGGCUAUCAGAAGAUCCUGUCAAUUCCUGUUGGAGCCACGCAGCUCCAGAUUGCCCAGCUCCGGCCCAGCUCCAACUAUCUCGCCCUUCGAGGCCCUGGGGGCCAGUCCAUCAUCAAUGGAAAUUGGGCCGUGGAUCCCCCUGGGUCCUACACAGCCAGUGGAACUGUCUUCCUGUACAACCGGCCUUCCCGAGAGGAGGGCAAGGGGGAGAGUCUGUCAGCCAAAGGCCCCACGACCCAGCCUGUGGAUGUCUAUGUGAUCUUUCAGGAGGAGAACCCAGGCAUUUUUUAUCAGUAUAUUAUCUCUUCAGUUCUUCCAGACCUUGGGAGCACCACCCCAGAGCCCCACUUCCCCCAACUCCAACCAGAGAUUUUGAGGGUGGAGCCCCCACCCGCUUCGAUGCCCCGCCCUGCCCGGACCCCAGGCACCCUCCAGCGUCAGGUGCGGAUCCCCCAGAUGCAUGCUCCACCCCAUCCCAGGACACCCCUGGGGUCUCCAGCUGGAUACUGGAAGCGAGUGGGACACUCGGAGUGCUCAGCAUCCUGCGGAAAAGGUGUUUGGCGCCCCGUCUUCCUCUGCGUUUCUCGUGAGUCAGGGGAGGAGCUGGAUGAACACAGCUGUGCCAUGGGUGUCAGGCCCCCAGCCCCCCUGGAGCCCUGCCAUGGUCCUCCAUGCCCCCCAUACUGGGAGGCGGGCGAGUGGACGUCCUGCAGCCGCUCCUGUGGCUCCGGCACCCAGCACCGCCAGCUGCGCUGCCGCCAGGAGUUCGGGGGCGGCGGCUCCUCGGUGCCUCCCGAGCGCUGUGGACACCUCCCUCGGCCCAAUGCCACCCAGCCCUGUCAGCUGCGCCUCUGUGGCCACUGGGAGGUUCGCUCCCCCUGGAGCCAGUGCUCAGUGCGGUGCGGGCGGGGCCAGAGGAGCCGGCAGGUCCGCUGUGUGGGGAGCAACGGUGAUGAAGUGAGCGAGAGGGAGUGUGCGUCGGGCCCCCCGCAGCCCCCCAGCAGAGAGGCCUGUGACAUGGGGCCCUGUACCACAGCCUGGUUCCACAGCGACUGGAGCUCCAAGUGCUCAGCAGAGUGUGGGACAGGAAUCCAACGACGAUCUGUGGUCUGCCUUGGGAGUGGGGAGUCCCGUGGGGCGGGCCAGGAGGAAGCAGGAGCUGGGACCACUGAGCAGAGCUGUGCACUGGGAAGCCGUCCUCCGGACAUGCGUGCCUGCAGCUUGGGACCCUGUGAGAUGACGUGGUGUUGGUACACGGGGCCCUGGGCCGAGUGCUCCUCAGAAUGUGGCUCUGGCACACAGCGUAGAGACAUCAUCUGUGUAUCCAAACUGGGUACAGAGUUCAACGUGACUUCUCCCAGCAACUGCUCCCACCUGCCUAGGCCCCCUGCCUUGCAGCCCUGUCAGGGGCAGGACUGCCAGGACCGAUGGUUUUCUACGCCCUGGAGUCCGUGCUCUCGCUCCUGCCAGGGGGGUAUUCAGACGAGGGAGGUCCAGUGUCUGACCGCCAACCAGACCCUCAGCGUCCGAUGCCCUCCUCACCUGCGGCCCUCCAGGAAACGACCCUGUAACAGCCAGCCCUGCAGCCAGCGCCCCGAUGAUCAAUGCAAGGACAGCUCUCCACAUUGCCCCCUGGUGGUACAGGCCCGUCUCUGCGUCUAUCCCUACUACACAGCCACCUGUUGCCGCUCUUGUGCCCAUGUCCUGGAGCGUUCUCCCCCAGAGCCUGCCUGAAAUGGGUACAGGAGACCCUCUCCUCAUGGUUUCCUCAUGCCACCAUCAGUCACCCACCCAUCAGCCCACUCUGUACUCUCUGGCUCUCCGGCCUGCCCUAGUCUCAUCAGGGAUGUCCCCUAGGGUGGUUGAAGGUGGCAAAGACGACUGUCAAGAUAUGUGGCUGGGUGUGUGUGUGUGUGUGUGUGUGUGUGUGGUGUGAUGUGAUGGUCCGUGUGCACACAUGCACCACAUGUGUAUUGGGAGCCUGCAUGGAUGGAUGUGCUCAUACACAUAUUAUUUUUCAAAAAAGAAGUGAAACAGACUGAAGAGGAGUGGAGAGUGGACGAUGCCUGUUUCCCUGAGACUUUUCUAGGCUGAGAGGAAAGCAAAUUUGCAGCUCCUUAGUAAUCCAAACUGCCUAGCACCUGGUCUCCCCAUCAACCCGAUUUUGUGCCCUAAACUUCAGUUCUCAUGUUCAGACCUCACCUCUUCUAAAGCACCAUUUACCAUCUGAUCCCUUCUCCCCACACUUAGUCUCUCCAUCCCUACUGCUCAGAAUCAGCUAGGGAUGGGAGUCAGCCACUGCCAGUCCUGCCUUACCCCAGGAAGAGAGACUACCUCCCCAGAGCAGGGACCAGCUGGGCAGAGGAUGGAAAAAGAAAAAAAUAGAACAAGACACCCUAGCCCCUGCUCCCACUCCCCACCUCCGAAAAUGGUUCCCCCCCAGAACUAAUUUAUUUUUUAUUAAAGAUGAUUAUGAC